CGGGCAAUAACGACUCAAUAACCAAACGUCUUCAUUCAAAAUUCAGUCUGGUGUCAGUGUUACUCUUAAGAGUAACGUGCGUAAGAUGUGUUUAACACUUAAACUUUAAACGUUAAGAACCGUAUUCUGCCCUUUACUGACCAUUUAUCCUUGAAGUAGCCUACAGUUGCUGACGAGAUCAUUUUCUACUGUAACGUAAAGACUAGUUUGUGUUCCCCCUUGCUGCAUUGUUCGUCCUUAUGGCUUCUGCAGUAAAAUAGCACUAGGGGUUGGUAGUGGUACAAACAAACACGAGGAAGGGAAUGAAACUAACAGGCUUUAUAAAUAUGGUCGGCAGACCGACCAGGAAACCAGUGCUGCCAGAUUGGGACAGAUUUCACGCCCGAUCUGGCAACACUGCAGGGAACGGCGGCUAUAGUGCUCAGCCGAUCCUCCCGUCGCUGCCGGCUGGAGCAGUGCAUCAUGAAACAUUCUACAACGCUAUUAUCCGUAAAAUGAGACAGCGUGAAUAUUUAAUGCGAUUCUCGCAGGGCGGACACGGCGUCGUGAGUUGACAGCUGUUGGUCUCCAGCCCCGAACCCCAGAGGACAUGUGAUAUCUGCGGCUGCGUAAACCCAAAGAGUGAUUGACUCGUCCACUGUACCGAUCUGUAAAUCAACAAUGUGAAUUAUUGGGGGGUGGACUAUAACCUUCUGACCAGUUAGUCACCUCUACAAUGAGCUCACUGCCAAGACAGCUGAAGGUGCUGCGAUGGAGUUGGAGGAGGAGAGUGGAGGCCCUCCCACCCCCUGCUGUCUAUACCCGGGCCCUCUGCAGCCGUUCACAUGACCCCGCGGACCCCAUCGAGGUCCACAAGAGGAAGCUGGAGCUGUGGUUCAGCCACCUGCCCCAGGAGGAGAAGCAGUUCGGGGGCUACUUCCUUCCAGAGACCAUGCACGUGGACCCCCUCAUCCUGGAGAGGGAGCCCGCGGAGAAGAGGACCCCCCUGAUCCCCAGCCCCCUGCUGCAGGGCCCCCCUGUUCCGGCCUGCACCAUGGAGCAGCUGUUUGAGCCGGUGGCAGAUUGGGGCGGGGCCCGGGGCCUCAACGUGAUGCUGUACGGGGCGGUGGGGACGGGUAAGACCACCGUGGUCCGGAAGCUGGUGCUGGACUGGUGCGCCGGGGCCGCCCUGACCCAGUUCAAGCUGCUGGUGCCCUUCUCCUGUGAAGACCUCUCCCAGUUGACAAGGGCCUCCUCUUUACGGGACUUGGUGGGCAGGAAGUACCUCCAUCUGCGCAGGAUCCCGCUGCUGAGCGGCGAGAGCGACCAGGCCAAGGAGGUCCUCUUCCUCUUCAACGGGAUAGAGAAGAUGAAGCUGGACUUCCGGAUUGGGAACACGGAGCUGUGCAGCGACCCCAGCGAGGCGCUUCCCUCCGGGGCCGUGGUGGUCAACCUGCUGAGGAAGUACCUCCUGCCUGAGGCCAGUAUCCUGGUGACCACCCGGCUCUCUGCGGUGGAGUCCAUCCCCCAGAAGUACGUGGCCCGCUACGCACAGAUCUGUGGCUUCGACAGUGCUGAGCGCCAGCGGGCCUACUUCACCAGCCGCCUGCUGCAGCAGCCCAGCACCGGUGUGGCCCAGCCCAACCGGGAGGCCCUCAUUGAGCUCCUCUACCUCAACCUGCAGAGGGAGAGCCGCCUGGCCCAAGCCUGCUUCCUGCCCGCCUACUGCUGGCUCACCUGCGCCACUCUCCACUUCCUGCACUUUACCGACGCCCAAGCGCCCAUCCGCACCUUCACAGGCAUCUACACUAGCUUCCUGCGGCUCAACUUCGGCGGGGAGGUGCUAGGAGCGGGCGCGGCGGCGAGGGCGGACGGCUCGGUCCAGGAGCGGCAGGGCUCCCUGAUGCUGUACGUGGUGCGCACGGUGGGGAAGCUGGCCUUCGACGGCGUCACCAACAAGCGCACCUCCUUCUCGGAGAGCGAGCUGGAGCAGUGGGUCGGCGGGAAGACCAAGACGGAUGAGGAGCUGCGGCAGCUGGCCGUGUUCAGGACCGACGUGCUGGACUUCUUCCUGGUCCCCUGCCCCAGCAAGGACGGCCAGGAGCAGGACGCCGACGAGCGGCGCUACACGUUCGCCGUGCCGGCCAUGCAGGAGUACCUGGCCGCCCUCUACGUGGUCCUGGGGGAGAACAAGACGGCGGUGGAAAAGCUCACCAGGCAGGUGUCGGUGGCCAUCGGCCAGGUGAACGAGGAGGUCGGCUCCAUGGUGGCGGUCCUCUCCAAGUUCAUCCCGCUGCGCAUCUUUGCAGUGUUCAACCUGCUCCAGCUGUUCCCCAAACUGUACGAGCGGGUCCACACUCACAACCAGGGCCGCAUCGCCAGGACGCUGGCGUCAGAGAUGUUCCGCAACGAGGACAGCUUCAACGAGGACGUCCUGGACCAGGUGGAGCAGGGCCUGCUGGGGCUUCACGGCCCGCAGCCCGAGAAGCAGGAUGAGAGGCAGCCCUUCGAGCUCUACCCCAUCUUCAUGGGCGGCCUGCUGCACUAUGACAACCGCGUCCUGCUGCAGCAGCUGGGCUGCAGCAUCAAGAGCACCACUGUGUCCCAGAUCACGCGCGCUCUCCGCAAGUAUCUCGUUCGAGAACUGAACAAGCCCCAGCCCCCGGAGGAGCUCAUGGACCUCCUGGUCCUGCUCUACGAGUUCCAGAACCCCCGGCUCACGGCCGAGAUCCUGUCCACCAUCAGAACCAUACGCCUCUGCAACGUCCGCAUGACGCCCCUCAAGUGCUUUGUUCUGAGCUCGGUGCUGUCCUGCAGCCCUGCCAGCUACCGGCUGGAAGAGCUGAAUCUGUCUUCUUGCUACCUAACACACGAUCUGCUGGAGAUGCUGUGGCCUGCUUUCAGACACACACAUAACCUCAAGCUGUGCGACAACCCCCUCCAGGAGUCCGGGGUGCGCACCCUGCUGGAGGCCCUGCCCCAGGACCAGUCCCUCAGGCAUCUGUCCCUGAUGCACACGGGGCUGGGGGACGCCGGCGCCCGGCAGCUGGCCUCCAUACUGCGCCACCACGCGCGGCUCCAGGAGCUCAACGUGGCCUACAACAACAUCGGGGACAGCGCCGCCCUGACCCUGGUGGACGCCUGCAGGGAGCACCCCAACAUACACACCGUGCACCUGUACCUCAACCCCCUUAGCAACGUGGGGAAGCAGUCCCUGUACGUACGCGGGGUGCCCACCGACCAUGGGGGCACGGGCCGCCGCGUGCAGGUGCUGGCGUCCGUCACCGAGGGCUCGGACCUGUCCGAGUCCUGGCACCCCAUCCUCAGCGUCAUCACGGAGAACGCCUCCACCUGGGACCCUAAGCGCGUGCGCGAGCAGCUGGAGGUGUUCCUCAGGGACCUGGAGUGGGGCCGGCAGCAGCAGCCCAGCUGGUGGAAGAGGAUGCACUUCCGCAAGGUGGAGAAAGGGGUGAGGCAGGUACUGCAAAGGAUGGACAAAGAUACUGCCCCUAAAUCCCGAAGAAAUGCCAAGUAAAAUCAGCCUGGCAACACAAACGCUCAGGGAAGAGGAUGGCUGCGUAUGCCUGGCUUUUCGUCUCUGAAGGGACACCAAGGGAAUCAAACCAAGAAGGACAACAUUCAGGAAAUGGCCACGAGGCGCUGUGUGUCAAAACCUGUUUUCAAUGCAGAUACGCAUGUUUCAAAUGCAACUGGCUUAUACCUUUUAUAUUAUAUUGACUAUAUUUACAUGUUGUUGUGGCAGAAGACACUGCCACAAGCCAGCCAACCGGCUUUGCCUUCCAAACCCAGUUUAUUAGCGAGUCACAACGUGGUAAAUGCAGAGGAGGUGUUUCCUUGACGUUUCAGAGCUCUCCCUAGAGCUUGUGUGGUGAUGGCUGGUUGAUCCUGUGUGGGCCCUGAGUGGCCCGAUGCACCACAGGGGUUGCAGCCUUAUGCAGCUCCAGAGUAAUCAGCCUGACUGGAGCCAGAUGAGGCUGCUUAAACCAGCCAUCAACCACACAUGCUCAACAAAUGUGUUUUCAAUUGAUGGUAAGGUGUUUUUUAAAUGUUUGGAGGCCAACGCAAUCACAACAAUCAGCUGCUUUGAGCUGUAUCACUAUAAAGGUAUUUUAUACCUUUUUAUAAGGCCUUUACUGCUAGGUUUUAGAAAUGUACAGAACCCUAAAAUAAUUAAUGGUUACAUCAAGUUUGCUAUUUAACCCUGUAGCAAUGAACGAGUCCUAUUGUGGCAUUUAAAUAUAAAUGCUUGCUGGUGAGUGCAAACAUAUCGGAGAUGGAGAUGGGGAGCAGUGUGAUACACCUUCUUUAAUAGCUAGCCUAGUAUUUUUAAAAAACUAAAUUUGUCAAACAAAUGUUUUUCAUCAAUCAAGUUAUUGUCAUAUCUGCAUUGUUGUGCUUUUAUUUAAUUUAAUCAACAUCAUAGACGUGAGGUCAAACCUCUACUGUCUUGCCUUAAAAUGGAAAACAGGCUGAAAUUAGAUAAUUUAACAUUAGGUUUUGCCUUUGAAAUUAAUUAUUGUUAUUUGAAAUGUUUAUUUUUGAACUGAUCUCAUAACUGAAGCUGGAACUGGCACUUUUGCAUGGUUUAACCAAUUGUCUUGGACAAGAUAAAGUCAUAAAUUUAAACUUGAAGACUUAAAGGGGUAGUUCGGAAUUU